AUGCUAAUAAAGCCGCUUAAACAACAGGUAUUCUUAACGACGUGGAAGGUUUCUACAAGGUUCAAUUCAACCGCCAAUGCUGCUUCAACUUUGGUAGCAAAGUCGUCGCUGUCGCUGUUGUUGUCGCUGCUGAUGUUGCCCACGGGGAGAGUUUCUACAAGGUUCAAUUCAACUUUGGUAGCAAAGUCCUCGUUGUCGCUGCUGUCGCUGCUGUCGCCCACGGGGAUAGUGUUUAUGAAUAUGGGUGGUCCUUCGAAAAAGGAAGAAACCUACGAUUUUCUUUUACGAUUAUUUCAGGAUGGCGAUUUGAUUCCAUUUGGUAUAUUCCAAAAACCCUUGGGUAAAUUUAUCGCCAAAAGACGUACUCCUAAAAUUGAAGCGCACUACGAAGAGAUUGGCGGUGGUUCUCCUAUUAGAAAAUGGUCAGAGUAUCAGUGUCAAAAGGUAUGUGAAAUCUUGGAUAAAACAAAUCCGGAAACGGCACCCCAUUUGCCUUAUGUCGCGUUUAGAUAUGCAAAGCCAUUAACUGAGGAAACUUUGGCGGUAAUGCUAAAGGAUGGAGUUAAACGAGCCGUGGCUUUUUCGCAGUACCCGCAAUUUUCAUAUUCGACUACUGGAUCUUCAAUCAAUGAAUUAUAUAGACAGACAUUAAAGCACGAUCCAGAAAGAUCAAUUGAAUGGUCCAUCAUUGAUAGAUGGCCCCAGCAAACAGGAUUGGUGCAAGCAUUUGCAAACAAUAUUAAAGAGAAACUAGCAGAGUUUCCACCUCAAGUCAGAAAUGAGGUCAUUAUACUAUUUUCCGCACAUUCAUUACCUAUGGAUAUCGUCAAUUUGGGCGAUUCGUACCCCGCUGAAGUUGCUGCAACCGUUUACAAAGUUAUGGAAUUGUUGAAAUUCUCCAACCCAUAUAGGUUAGUGUGGCAAUCUCAAGUUGGUCCAAAGCCAUGGUUGGGAGCCCAAACUGCAAAAAUCAUUGACAAGUUAGAGAAACGAGAAGAUACUAAGGGGAUCAUUUUAGUACCAAUAGCAUUCACUUCCGACCAUAUUGAGACUCUUCAUGAAUUGGAUAUUGAAAUUAUGGAAGAGGCUAAGAACCCACAUAAAAUCAAAAGGGCAGAAUCAAUGAACCAAAACGAGUUAUUUAUCUCUGGAUUGGCUGACCUCGUUAAGGAUCAUUUACAAAGCGGUAAAAAGUACUCAAAUCAACUUGAAUUGGAUUGUAUUUUGGGAGGUGAAAGGGCCACUGACACUUUCAAGCACCCAAGUGAAUUGUUUGGAAAACACUAA